AUGAAUAAUAAUGAACCAAAGCGAGCGACGAGGCGAGCGUUCUCUCCCCGGCUGACGGAGCUCCGAAGGCGGGGAUGGAGGCGCUGUCCCCGCGGGGAGGAGGAGGCGAGCCCUGGGGGAGCGACCGGGGACGACCGCCGCCAUCAACGUCGUCAUCUUGCGCUUCCUUUUCCACACGCGUCGGGAACGCGCCUGUCUGUCAGGGAAGACGUGACCGCGCCACCUCAUCCACACGCAGCAUCAGCACUGGGGCGCCCCAAGUUUGCAGAUGACACCGCUGUCAUCGGCCUCAUCAAGGACGCCGGCGAGUCUGCAUAUCGACAGGAAGCGGAGCGGCCGGAGCUGCGGUGCGGCCGACACAACCUGGAGCUGAACACGCUCAAGACUGUAGAGAUGAUCGUGGACUUCAGGAGGCAUCCUUCGCCACAGCUGCCCCUCACGUUGUCCAGCCGCCUUGUGUCAACCGUCGAGACCUUCAAGUUCCUGGGAAUUACAAUCUCCCAGGACCUGAAGUGGGCGACCAACAUCAACUCCGUCCUCAAAGAGGCCCAGCAGAGGAUGUACUUCCUGCGGCUUCCGAGAAAGAACGGCCUGCCACCGGAGCUGCUGAGACAGUUCUACACAGCGGUCGUCGAAUCGGUCCUGUGUUCUUCCAUCACGGUCUGGUUUGGCGCUGCUACAAAAAAGGACAAACUCCGACUGCAGCGGACAAUCAAAACUGCUGAAAGGAUUGUCGGCACCCCCCCUACCCACCCUUGAGGACUUGCACGCUGCCAGAACUAAGACAAGGGCGUGCAAAAUCCUCUCGGACCCUCCGCACCCCGGUCACCAGCUCUUCCAGCUCCUUCCCUCAGGUAGGCGCUACCGAUCAAUGCAAACUAGAACUAGUAGACAUUCCAACAGCUUCUUCCCUCUUGCGAUCAACUUCUUAAACAGCUAACCUAUAAUUCCAUUACAACAAGCUGGCAAUUUUUUUGACUUGAGUUCUUUAUGUCUCCAAAGUGUUCUGUAAAUUGACUGUCUGUUGUACUAGAGCGGCUCCAACUACCGGAGACAAAUUCCUUGUGUGUUUUGGACAUACUUGGCAAAUAAAGAUGAUUCUGAUUCUGAUGACAACAAAAAAUAUUUUUUAAAUAAGAGAAAAUUCUCACUCUUCCAUCAUUCCAAUAUUUUUGAUCUUGGGAAAAAAAAUAAUCUAGUUUAAAGAUGACUGUUUUUUCAAACAGCUCAUGUUUUAUUUCGGGAAAAAUGGCUUAUAAGAUUGACUUGGAUUUAAGGCAAAUUAGGGAAUGUUUUGCUGUUGCUGCUUUGUCGUCAGAUUCGUCUUCCGUCCAAGCCCUACGCCACGUUGCCCGUCUACACUUUGGGCCCCAGCGCGCCGGCUAAAGACGAAGCGGGCGCAUCUUCGGCCUCAUCCGAGUCGUUCGGGACGGCGCGGAACCGCCGCAGCCUCCGCCGAAGCGUCUACAAGUCAGUUUUCUCCAUUUCAAAAGAAAAAAACAUCCCUCGAGCUAACAAAGAUGAUUUAUUACUUUAGA